AUUAUUUUUAGAAUUUGGGAUCUAGGUGGCUUCGAAUCUAUCAAUAGUACUUUUGGACCCCAUUCAAAAAAGAUCUCAUUUACAUUUUCGGAAUUCCCUCAAAAUUGUAACGUAAACUCUUUGGCUAUUUCGAAAAACAAAAUGACUGACAAGGAGGCAUCGUCGACCCGAGGCCAUAAACCAGGGAUGCAGUUCAGUACAGCCGUCGGAACGCCAGAAACCAAACGCAGGAUGCUCCUCUAUAGACGACUUUUGAGCCGAGAGUUGGCUCGCGAUGGCAAAAAUACACAGGAAAUCGUAAGGGCGAGAAAUCGAAGGCUUUUGGACCAGGAUCAGGGAAGAUUUCCCAAGUCCUGAAAAUAACCACGUUCAGUAUUCCAAAUUUGUUUGGUAGAAGAGUUUACGUUCACGCAUUCAAGAAAGAGUCCCACAAAUAGUCUCGCUUUUCUUGUUUAUUUCGGUCAGAUUCAUUCUAAAUAAAUUGGUAUAUUGAUAA